AUGUCCCCUACCAAAAAGGACAAGGCGCGUGUUACCGCUGGGUCUCCUUCGAAGGUCCAGAAGACAAGCACCCCGAGGGGGGAUCGGAAGCGGUUUACUGCGAAUGAAGUUUUCCUUUACCAAGUGAUCAAAACCAGUAAAACCAAGAUUGACUACGAUGCACUCAGCAAAGUCCUGGGCAAGACUAAAGGGGCUGCUUCCCAGCAGAUGGGUCGGUUUACGAAAGGAAUGGAAGAAUUCCUAAAGAAGCAGGAUAUGAUCGAAAAGAACGAUGAUACCUACCAGGACGAAGUCGAUGGCAACGAGGCUGACAAUUAA